UUGCUUUUGUUUUUAAACGUUGGCUAACCUUCCAGCUUAACAAUCGACAAUCGGUAGUCUACUGUUGCUUUCGUGAAGAAGAAUCUAUUUUCCGUCUGCUCGUAUCGUUGCAAGUAUUUUACCAUGGUGGCUCUCAACAGAAUUAGAAAAUGCAGAGGCACGCAGCCACGUUCAUGGCUUUACCACGUUGGAGACGGAUGGCAUUACAGGAGAAAUGUGUUCAAGAAGGGUACGAUGUAUUUAAAAUGUGUGAAGAAACAAUGCUCUGGCCGGGCUUUGUGUGACAGAUGGAGGGGUUUUCUUCACACUGGUCAUCACAACCACAGAAGAGACAGAUUUUACCCUUUGUAUUUAGAAUUGCGCCGAAGAAUCUUGCAAAGAUGCAGGAGUUUAGAAUUUGUGUCAUUUCGAAGAAUUCUUGUGCAAGAAAGCAGAGGGUAUCCUGUACAAGUGCAGUUACGACUAAGGCUGUCGAAAAUUCGACCAGCGAUGCAACGGGCCAGGUCCAGGAUGUAUCCGCCUCCGCCAGCAACCCUGCAGGAGCUCACUGGCAUUCUGCAAGACCCGCGGUACCAAGUCAUAUCGGCUACCAAUGAUGCCCGAGACAGUCUAUAUGCUGGAAGUGUGACGGCCGCUGACGGUUCCCAUCACAUCAUUUUCAUGUCGAGGCGUAUGGCUUUAGUGGCACAGUCAUUAAACAUUCUGUUUGCAGACGGAACUUUCAAAGUGCUGCCAGCUAUAGAGCAACUAGAUCUAGCUUCUCAGGUUUUUUCUAUAGUGGGUAAUUGGGACCACACAGUCAUACCCCUAGGUUGGGUUUUGAUGCAGCGGCGCACAACAGCAGCAUAUGAAGCUGUUCUCAGAACCAUACGACUUAUGUUACGAGGAGCACCCAACCUUCAAAGGAUCAUAACUGACUUUGAGCAAGCAACGCGCAGGGCAUUUGGUACUGUAUUUCCUGAUGUUCAUCAACAAGGCUGCUUCUUUCAUCUAGUUCAAACUGAAGUUCGAUAUGCGAAGGAAAGAUGUAAUAUGACCAGACUGUUGAGAGAUGAGCCCUAUUCUGAACUGAUGAAACUCUUCUCUGCCUUGGCUCUGCUGCCAGUAAGGUAUAUCAGAAGGGGCUUUCGGAUAGUAGUGCAGGUAACCAUGGAUCAUGGUUUGCGGGUGUACCGGAACAUGAGAACAUUCAUUGGUUACGUUAGGCGAUACUGGGUUUACCAUCCCAUCCGCAGGCGCUGGAUGUGUGUCUUUGGAUCUUUCCAUCGCACCAAUAACACCUCAGAGAGUCAUAACAAGAUGCUGUCCAACUUAGUUGGUGUAGACCAUCCAAACACAUAUAACUUCAUUGAUGGAUUGGCCUCUAUGGAGGCCAAUGCUUAUGCCGAUGUGAUGGCCUUAAUUGGAGGAGACAAGCCAAACAGAGGACGCAGGCUGUCAGCCAUUUUUCUCGACAAUCGACUCAGGAACCUGUUUCGAGCAAUCAGAAACCCCCCGGGUGACAGAGAUGCAGCAAUCCUGCGCUUCUUGGUUGCUGCUGCUCAUACCUUUGACAAUGCUUAUGAUAGAGCAGUUGCUGAAGCUUGAAUUUGGAUAAACUUUCAGAUGGUUGAGUGGCAGUGAAUUAAUGUUGUAUGUACCAAGUGUUUGAAUGUUAAUGAGCCAAACCAUUACACAUUUUAAAACAUUUUAUCAAUCUUGUGUUUGACAGUAACAAAUUAGUUUGUACGCUCAGUUUCAUGCAAUACUCUUUCUUAAUCUGCUUACUUGGACUGCAUUGCUGUAUUUCACACCGGUCAAGAUACUGUUCUCUGUUAUAAUUUUUAAUGAAGCCCUUCAUUGAUUAUGUUUCUUUGCACUGCCGUGUUCGCAAUGUUUAGUGUUUCAUGCAUAGGAAGCUCAUCUGUUACUUUGUUUACCUUUGCAUUUUUCAUUCAUUCUGAGCGGAGGACUGGUAUAGUUGAUGUAAAAUAAAUUUUAGAUUUAUCUGUCAAGUUAAUAUCUUUUGUCACAAAAUGUCAAUUGCAGGGGUGCUUUGGUCGUGAGGCUUAUAUUAAUGCUUUUUCUUUCAGUAAAAGCUUUUGCCUUUUUUGUUUUGAGUUCUAAAUUUGUAAUAAUAAUAAUCUGGUUUCCUAUAGCUGCCGUGAGGAACAUAAUGCUUGAACACAGGCUAUCUAAUUUUAAUGUUGCCCUUUUUUUUUAAGUAUCCAAAUCUUUAGUGUGCCAAUGCCAUGGAUUUCAAAUUUUAAGCAGAUGCAACAAGAACUUUUGAGCAUUCCCAGCUGCUUUCUUAGUCAAGUCUCAUGCCCCAAUCCUGACUUUUUUUUUCUAGUUUUGUAACUGUUUAAACUGGCAAAGGUUGAAUUGGUUCUAUUUAUGGAAAAUGUCUGAUGCCCCUUGCAAGCUUCAAUUUUAAUGAGAUGGUAUCAUACCAUGGAAGCGUGUGCAUACAGAAUAUUAUGGAAACACUCUGGUGUGCCUGGUAUUCAAUAUGAAAAUCUAAUCCUACUCUUUUAUUACCCACAUUUUAAUUGGAAUGUAUGCAUGAGUGUAAAAUUAGAAUGUUAUUGAAGGUCAGAUAACUUGGAUCUGAACAUCACUUGGAGCAAUGCCAUGGCUCAGUAUGCUUAUAUAUUUGUUAUUCGUUGCGUAUAAUUAACAACUAGUAGCUGUAUAUGCCAUCAACUUCUGAGCAGUCUGAGAGGGUUCAUUUUCAGCUUGGUCUUCAGCAACUUCUCACUGUUAAGCCUGCUAGCAGGCUCAGGCCUUUGAAUGUGUUUUCUGAUGUGUAUUUCUUAAUUUAGUUUGAGGCACCUAUGCUACAUAGUGAAAGGUUAUUGAGAGAAACAAAAUAAUGCAAUACUGCAAAUAGAUUUUUCAAACUUUAAGAGCUCAGUUAAAAAACUGGGAUGGUGAGAAUUUUAUUUUAUCACUAUUUCUACUAUACACUUUGAUACUUAUACAAGUACAUGUUGCAAUAAAUCUUCAAGUUACCGAUACUUCCAACAAUAAAAUGAGAAUCCUAGUAACAAAACAAAAAGCCAAAACAUUUAUUGGUCGUGCAGAAACUAAAGGCAUAGUAGAUACAAAUAAGCAAACUGCAGAUUACUUUUGUCUCCUAAAUUCCAAACCAACUGCCUCUGGAAAUCAAAUCCAAUAUUUCUGUUUUGCAUUUGAGUGUCAACAAGGAUGGAACCUAAGCAAAAAAGCACAAAUUUUGUCAAUGGAAAACAAGGUUUAACAAAAUGUCUCUAAUACAUAAAAGUGAUGAUUAAAAAACAAAAUGACUUGGUGUUUUCAGUUCCUUUUCCUUCCUUUCAGUAAAAUGAAGUUUGAGGGAGCUGAGAGGGAGACAUUUAGAAGAAAAAUACCUUAAAAGGACAAUUUUGUAAAAAUUAAACGUGAAAGUGUUACCCAGUGAAUAGAGGUAAUUAAAAUAUCAUCUUUGAUUUGAAACGGGCGUGUCGUCUGUCAUUUGUCGCACGCACCUAUUGCCAACAGCCUACCUUCUGGCGAUUUUCUGAUGUGUAUCAAAAUUAUUUAGACUUAAAUCAGAGAACAUAAGGUUUAAAAAAUAUUCAGUCUAUUUCUUUUUUUUUUCAGGGAAGACGCGUUGUAGUUUGAAUUAUUAGCGUUGCAAGUAAGUUGGUAACAACGUUCAUUUAACGACAAGAACAAAUGACCGUCGCGAGAGGAAACCGGCGGUGUAGGCAAAAUUUGGAUGCAUUGGAGGGAAGCGACCAUCGACAUUACUACUGGUGCCCGCCUCACACUGCUUAUUUAUACUGCAUUUUCCCUUUUUAAGUAUUAAUUUCAGCGACUAGGCUAGAAGUUAUGGCCGAUUCUAAUGCUACAAUGGAUAUCCUGGACGAUGAUCCAGCUAUUGGCGUUCUUAAGGCGCUAUUUUCUGCUGAAGUGGAGAG